UUGAUCAGUAAUAGCCGUAUUUACCAAACCACGCAAUGUCGCUCCUGCGUUCGCUAAAUCUACUAUCCACGCUAGCACACCAGACGACGGUGCGUGGUGGCAGCAUACGGGCCGUGCACCGUACGGCAGCUCUCUGCAAAGUGGAAGAUCGCAAAGCGAUGCUUGCCUCGUUGCCUACCAUGGACGAGGGUACAAUAGGUGAACGUUCGAUCGAUAUCGAUUCCAUGAUCGACAAAAAGAGCAGCAUAUUUCCCGACGCAAGCACACCGACGAUGCUGUUUAACGGUGUUCCGUUCAACGAGCUACCGAUCUGUCACAUUCGCGUGUCCCCAAACAACACGAUCAUUUCCAUCACGGACGCCAAGGGAACGCCUCAGUUCAUACGAUCUUGCGGUAUCGAAGGCUUCAAAAACACACGCAAAGGAACCAACAUUGCGGCACAGGCCACGGCCAUCAGCAUUUGUACGAGGGCGAUCGAGCGAGGUUACAAAACAGUACGCGUAACCGUACGUGGCCUCGGACCGGGACGCAUGUCCGCCAUCAAAGGUUUGGAGAUGGCCGGUAUGAACAUCGUGUCGAUUACGGACACUACUCCCGUGUCCUGGAACCCGCCUCGGCCAAGAAAGCAAAGAAAACUGUAACGCUACACUCGAACAAACCGACGACUCGCGCGCGCGCACGUGGUUGUGCCUCUUUCAGUUAUAGUUGUUGGGGUUUUCGUUUACUUUAUUAAA